UUGUACACCCGCACCUUCACAUGAUGUAAAAGUCUGAAAUACGCUACUUCAAUGGAAACACAAACAGAAAACUGACCAAUUUUUGGUUUUCAUGAUCGACAAAACUGGAUUCAGAGCUCGGGGAACAAUAUGAAGUCCUGGGGCCACAGCCUCUGUAUGGUUUGGUGUUUGUGGGAGGUGGUCAUUGGCAGCACACUUCAAAAUGUAGGACCGUGUGUGGUCAGCACCAAGGAGGUGUUGUUCAACUGCAGCCAGCAGAUGCUGGCUGCCAUUCCAGAUCAGGUCUGGGACAAUGUGACUGUGCUGGACAUCUCUCAGAACCAGCUGAACCUUAUUCACCCCAAAACCUUAUGGGAGCUGCGGAGGUUCCGCCAGCUGGUUAAGCUGAAUCUGUCAGGCAACUACCUCCCUCUUCUGGAGAAGGACACCCUGGGCAUCCACCCACUCCUGCAGGUUUUGGACCUCAGCAGGUGCCAGCUGGCUGGAAUAGAGGUGGGAGCACUGCAGGCCUUCCCCAAAUUACAAGCGCUGUUUUUGGGAAACAACCAACUGCAAGACCCCCUGCCUGUUGCUCUUAAAGAGCCAAACACCUUAGCCUUUUUGGAUCUUUUUGGAAACAGUCGUCUCAAAACCAAUCCACCAUACUGGCUUAAGAUAAAGAGUGUCCUCUGGCCUGCAGAAUCUGACGGCAGAGAAUCAAGAGACAUAUCUCAAGAAGCAGCAGAGCAAAACAUCAGCAAGUUCAUGCCGCUCAAAAGAAAAUUACUGGCACGUGUGGAAGAAGAGUCAACCAGAGCAGGAAAUAAUGAGACAGAUGUGAACAGAAACCAGUCCUCUAAGACGUGGCCGUACCUGGUGGCCGUCCUGGUGACAGCCAUAUUCACCUCCAUCUCCAUCGCUCUGGCAGCCAAGUGCAAGCUCCUCCAUCGCUACCUGGCCAGCUACCGGCACACUCUACUCCGCGAGGGUGACACAUGUAGCCAGGGAGUCCCUGCAGGCCACGAGAUGAAUCCCCCCAGCCUGGAUGCAGCAAGGCAAGGGACCGAUGCGACGGUCUGCGAGGAGCCUGAUGAUGACGGUUUUAUUGAGGACAACUACAUCCAGGCCAGUGAGAAGGAGAGGGCAGAGAGGGCCGCAGAAGAGCUGGAUGAUGAAGGAGAGGUCAUUGAUGUUCAUUUUUCCAUCGGUUAACAAGACAAGGACAAGAAGAUGAUGCAGUUAUCAGACAGAGUAUGGUUGGGUUUGUCUGGACAUUUGGAUGAUUUCUGCUGAGAUAUUUAUUUGUGUUUCAUUUUUAAUACAGUAAUGAAAGAUUUUCAUUUCUGUGAACACAAAGCGACUGGACUUGUGCUGUAAAAAUUUAAACUUGCCAAAAUACAAAUUGGAGCUAUUAUGAUCGUGUUACUCACAAAAAUAAAACAAAGUAUGCAUCGCUAAAAGGUGAAUACUCAAGGAUCAUAAAUAUAAUGAGUUUAUCUCUUGAUGGUUAAAGGUGUUCAGGGGACAGUGAAACUGUAAGCCUGCCAUAUUUUGACAAUUAUGUUUCAAAUUCAGUGUAAAAUAUUUCAGCCCUACAUAUGUUUCACAAGCUCUUUUACUACGUGAUGUUUUAUUUCAGUUGAUUUGUGUUAUUAAUGAUGACCAGUAACACUUAAUGUUUUAUUGUGCUAGCUUCACCCCUGAAUGGAUGAAAUGCAAACCUGGAAUUUGUCAUUGUGUGUAUUUCUUCAGUUGGUAAGGAUUAAAUGAAAAUGUAAUGUGUGGGGGGGAAAAAAAAAUUAAUUUUGAGCUUGCUUUAAAACACUUCAAUGCAGGCCAGAGGAGGGGCAGCUAGUAGCAUGGUGGUUAGCGCUGCUGCCUUUGCAAAGGUUGCAGUUUGAAUCCCACCUUUAGCCGUAGUACCUUCGAGCAACGCGUUCACCUUCAUUUAUGCACGUACAUAACUGGAAGUAGCUUAACAUUCUAAUUUGGUUUGGAGA